AGAAAAGUUCAUUGGCUGGACAAAACUGGGGCGGUACACCAUUUGUCAUCCACCUCGAUGUUUUGAGCCAUGGCUUCAACCCUAGCGAAGAGACACAGUACUAGAAUUUUCAGACCUCUUUUUUCUUCAUCUUUGUCCCAUCUCUGCGCCCGGCAUGGAAACACAAGAAUCUCACCUUUCCUCACUCAAUUCUUCCAUUCCACUCCAGUCGAGUCUCCCCCCUCUUCACCGAUUCAAAAACUAAAUCGCCCAGAUUCCCUACCCAACAGAUCAAUCGCCCAAUUUAGUGCUCAUCAUCGUCCCCUACCCCAUCGGAACCCUAACUGCAAAUUCCGAAAUUUUCUUCGCACACCCAAACAGUCUGAUCUGUAUCUGUCAACGAUCGGUCAAAAGGUCAGAUUUUCAACUUCUUCGGAGCCGCCCAGCGACGGCAGUGAAAAAUCUCAAAGCGCCGAUGAGUUCAAGCACCAGGAGAUCACUGGCCCCACCGUAGAGCGAGACGAAUCCGCGCUGGCCAAUGAGACCCGAGAGGUUCUUGAGAAGAUGAUGAAGAAUGUGUACGGUCUGAGUAAGGCGUUGGGUUUUCUCAGCCUGUUUCAACUGGGGUUGGGUGCCUGGUUUCUGUAUGUCUCCAGGGAUUCUCCGAUGCCUGAGAUUUCGCUGCAGAGCUUCUUAGCCUUUGGGCUCCCGAUUUCGUUGGCGUUCAUGCUGAGAAGGUCGCUCAAACCAAUGUACUUCUUCAAGAAGAUGGAGGAACAAGGUAGGCUGCAGAUUCUGACUCUUACUCUUCAGGUUGCCAAGCAAUUGAACUUGUUAUUUUGUCGCGUUCAAGGCGUUUCUUAUUCUUGCAUUGCUGUUGCUUCGGUUGGACUAAUCUAUGUUGUUUUGUCUAGAUGAAUUUUACUUGUGAUGAAGUUCCUGUGCCAAAAAUGCUGAGCAUUGAUGAUGAUUUUGAGCAAGUUUAUUAUUUAAGGAAAACUAAAUGUCUUUUUGUUUAUUUUCAAGCAUUUGGCUUUCAGUACUUU